AUACUUUCAUUCAAGUUAUAUUAUAGGCAAUUAUUAGUACUCUCUCUUCUUAUAACAAUCUUGUACUUCCUCUCUUCUUUCUCUCCACUUCACCUAUACAAAUACAUAUUAUACACACGCAUAUAUAUAAGAGAAUGAGUACAGAAGGAUGUAGCAGCAGUGAAUCCGGGUGGACAAUGUACAUAGACUCUCCAAUGCAGGAAGAUGAAGGUGAUUGCAGCACUAGUUAUAAUGAAGGUGACAAGAAGAAGCUUCUUACUACAUACCGCCACACCGAUGCUGAAGAUGAAGAUGGUGUUCGCAGUGAUGAUUCAAUGGCUUCUGAUGCUUCAUCUGGUCCUACUUAUCAUCAUCAUCUUCACAAUACUGCUCGAUCACACCGCGAUUACAGUAAAGAGGCUUCUAGGCUCAAGCAGGACAAGAAGCAAUUUGCUACUCCUAAUAAAAAAGGUAAAAAGGAGAAGACAAUUGGUGAAAAAAGUAGUAGAAGAAAAUGAACACUUAACAAGUCAUGUUCAAAGGUUUCGUAAUUUUGUAUUAUGUGCAUCUCAUCUUCCUUCUUCUCAGAUUCAAUUCUAAAAGAAUGGAUGGAAAGGGAAGGACUUUGUUCAAACUUUUCACUGUAAUUGAAUGGAAUUCUUUUUCUUCUUGUA